AUUGCGACAUUUGUUUACGUUCACAUAACACACGUAAUUUACAUGUCAAAAUCAGUUAUCACAACUUUGUUUUUUAGUAAAUCAAAUUCGUUUUAUUCUAUUGGUGCAAAGGAAUAAAAAUGCUGUUUUCAAGGGAUAAGGACGACGAUGACGACUUCAUUCCAAAUCCAAAUUAUCAUUCAAAUUUGGCUUCCAUAUUUGGGAGUACGGGGAGUGAUGGCAACCCAAGUUUGACGUAUACAGCACCGAAACAGCCAAAGCGUCAGGGCAAAGGAAAUGCCAGUACAAACCUGUCUUCAAAACCAGGAAUUUCCACUUCGGCUAGUUCCUCAAGUGUUAUCUCUGUCAAAACUGUGCAGACGUUCAAAAUGGUUAACGGAUCGUACCAGAAUGAGGGUCGAGUGGGCGUGGCCCUCGUCAGUUUGGGACCAGAGGAGAGCUGUACGUACCAACUGCUGCUGUAUCGGGACAAACAUCAUCACCUGUGCAGUGCCAAAAUCACAAAAGAAUUCAAUUUCCAUGUUCAACCCAAGAACUACUGCACAUUCUAUGACAAGAAUUCUGUCAUUUGGUCCAUUCUUUUUGAAAACUCAUCAGAAAUGAUGGAGUUUAAUUUGCAGGUAGCCAUAGUAAAGUGGAAAGCUGCAGACAAGGCUCUUCCUCUGCUGUCACAGGAUCUCUGGUCUCCUCUAGUAGAGGACCCUAAGUCUUCUGCAGCAGCUGUAGAAGAUACAGUGGAACUUUCCUGCUCCCUUCACAGCAUCCUCAACAUCUCCCAGGCUCUAGAGGAUGAAUUGACAGUCUCAACAAGCGUGGAGCUGGGAGGGUGGAAGGCUGGUCUGGUCGGACUGCUUCCCAACUGCAAGCGUGUCAUCAUCAUGCAGCCUUACCUGUUGGAUGGAGAUGUGUUUCCAAAAAAGGAGUCAUACGAAUGUCCUGUUAUAUUGAAAUUAGACGUCAUCAAAGUCCGAAAGAAUCAUCCCAAUCAGCCUACUGAACAUAAAAAUGAUCCAAAUGUUAAUAUUCUCAGGGAAGAUUUGCUGAAGUCUAAGGAGAUUGAAAGACAACCAGACAGUUCCAAAGAUAGUUCGAAGCCCACCAAGGCUGAUCUGAUCACCAGGAUGGCCCGGAUGGGACAGGCUCUGCCGUUCAAGACAGCUGCUCCCACUCCUUCCGAUUCUGACGAGACUGAGGAUGACCAGUCGGCUCGCGUACACAACGCAAAUAUAGACCGUGGACUGCCCAAGGCCAGGGCUAGAGUGCUGCAUGCUCCAGUGGCAGGACCCUCCACGUUCGCACCUCCAGUCCCCGUAUCUUCCGCAGUCACACAGCAGUUACCUGCGGUUCCGUGGAGCCAGUCUCCGUACAUGAUGAGCAGUAUGUACCUCCCUCCCACACCCCAGCUUCAGUCCCCUGGAAUAGACUCACAGUCCCAGUUCCAUGUGUUCCUGUCCGAGAUACGGACCACGAACUCGGAACUAAGGAUGGGGAUCACUAGACUCACGGACAAGGUGGAAGCUCUUCAGACCAAGGUGGAAAACACCACCAAGAACUCUCCUGGAAAUCCAGAUUUUGUUGCUCUGAUGGAAAAGAUGCUUGAGAAUGAAAAGCAAGUCCAACAAAUUCUGUCUGCCGUUAAUAGUUCUCAACUGAUGGGACAGAACAGACACAGUGUUGAGUUCACCUCCUCUCCUGAGUCCCAGCUGUGUCAGAGGUGUUCUAAUACCGACCAGUCCUAUACAUCAUUAGACGCCCAAGUGAAAGAGCUCCAAGGACAAAUAGAAUACCUGCAGGCAACCAACAAUGCACAGAAGGAUGCUAUGCAGAAUGCCAAGGUUGCCGAUAAAGACCAGGUGGCGCGGAUAGAGGUAUGGAGAGGCAGCUGGAGGAGGAGCAGAAGAGGAUCUCAGAGCUGAACGAGAGACUCCAGGCAGUCCAGAUGGAGAAGAACAACGCUGCUGGGGACCUUGUGGUGGCCUCUGCUUCGAUAUCCGAGCUGCAGCAGACGUUGCAGGAGAAACAGACUAACAUUGACCGGUUAGAGCAAGCACU